AUGGCCACUCACAUUGUUCCACCGCCGGGUAAUGCACCAAACAUCACCCGUGACGCUCGGCAAGCCUACGAGACCCUCAAAGCUGGCGGUGUCAUCAUCGUUCCGACAGACGUCGGUUAUGCACUUCUGACGAGCACCCAGGCUGGGAUUCAGAGAGUUUUUGCUGCAAAAGGCCGUCGUCCAAACCAUAACAUUGGCGUGAUUGGAACAUAUUUGCAACAUCGACAGCUGCAUGUGUUAUCGGAAUCCAAAUUUGAAAUGACCCGUGUCCUGACGGAAGAUAUGGGAAUGAUUGUUGGACUUGUUGCAAAAUUUAAUGCUCGAAAUCUUCAUCCACGUCUGGCAGCACUGGACGAUGCCACACUCUCUCAGAUUACUCGGGGAGAUACGAUCAGUAUCGCGGUCCCAGAAGGCCAGUUCCUGCGGGAGUUGGGCCGACUUUGUGACGACGACCCUCAGGGCAUGUUGAUGUUUGGAACCUCGGCCAAUCUUACCGGGCAGGGACAGCGGUUCCGCAUUGAGGAUAUUGAGCUUUCUGUGCGUGAAAGUGCCGAUCUGAUCGUUAACUAUGGCCUGCAGAAGUGGCAUGUAUACGGCCGAGGGGGUGUCAACUUUGACGUUGAAAACAUGCAAGUCCUGCGUAUGGGUGCCGGAUACGAGGUUUUUCGAGACAGGAUGCUUAGGUGGUUUCCUCAUCUGUUAGAGGAGGCGAGCGUUGAACUUGAUACAGACCCGGAAUACAGCGGUUUGGUUUUCCGUUGA